AUGAAUAGCCUGACGCGCCACAAGAACAAGCACGCUGGCAUCACGGACCAUGCCUGUCAGUGGUGCGAGUUUACCCAUUGGGACGCCUCGAGGGUUUGCAGGCACGAGCAGACCGAGCAUAAGCGCUUAUGGGAAGAUAGGCGCCAGGCCAGGUCCGCCAAGGCCGCGAAGUCGUCUAAAUGCAAGAAAGCUACCUCUGCGAAUAAGCCUCGCGCCAGGCAGACCCGGUCGUCCCUCGCGAAGGUCGAAGCCGCGCAACGUCGCGAAACCCGAGCGAUGCGCCGGGUUCGCGCGGCUCCCAAGGCCAGCGCCUCGCCUUCGCCCGUGGUGCCCACCCAGCAGCAUCUCGCACCCGACGUCGAGUUUACUCUGCUUGCGAGCGAAGCACUUUGUCCGCCCUCAGUUUCCGGCUUAUCCCCCUCCCCUCCUAUUGCCAGCUCGAGCACCGUUCUACCAAUGGUCGCCCCCUCAUCGGAGCUUGGGUACUUUCAAGAUGUCCCUUUCGAGUACGAGGUCGCCGUUCACGGUCUCGGGGAACAGGUCGUGCAUGCCGACCAGAACUCUCGAGCACAGGUCGAAGCCGCUGGUGUAUCUCAGCUCCCGAACGCCACGUAUGACUUCUACUACCCCGGCCUCCAGACUGGCCUCGAGACCGGCCUCGGAUUGGACAUGUCGUACCCGACGCAUGUCCAGCAGGCAAUGCCCUCCCCCAUGAACCAGUUCACCCCCGCGACCUUCUUCCCGGGUUAUGUUUCGAAUUUUGCGGAACAGGCCUAUAUCCCGCUGGCGCAAUACCCGCAGUACGCUUCCGCCCCCGGAACGCCGUAUACGUACUCGAACAGCUCAAGCCCUGCCUCCGUCGAUGACCUGCUCAUCGCGACCCCUCCCGAGCUCUUCUCGCAGGACUUCCCAAGCUUCCAUCCCGCUUCGCAGGAUGCGUCCCUUCUGCAAUUCCCCGGCGCUCCCUUCCCGCCGGCGCCUUUGACCGGCAACGAGCUGAUUGACCUAUCGUGUGACCCCAACCUGCUCCAGUGGAUAACCAAUAGUGAGCUUCCGGCGCUCAUCUUCGCGCAAUAG